UCAACAAACAUUUUCGGUUUGAAAAUUUAAAGAACUAAAGCAAUCAAAUAUCGGCAAUACUAAUUUAUUUCUUUAAUGUGAGUGCAACUGUACAUAUUUGGGAUAUUGAAAAUGAACUCCCAACAGUUAAAAGCACUAAAUUUGGCUUCUAAAGGUCACAAUUUGUUUAUGUUGGGAUCCGCUGGCACCGGAAAAUCGUAUGUUGUGUCCGAACUCGCAAACCUUUUACACAGCAAAGGCUCCUGUGUUCAGGUGGCAUGUUCCACCGGGAUUGCCUGUGCAGUAUACGGUAGUGGAAGGCCCUAUGGUAUAAACACAGUUCACAAGUUCUUCGGUCUGUUAGACGGGCGACAUGAGCCUGAAGAAAUUGAGAACAUUGUACGUUUUAAUCCGAAAUAUUAAACAGUACUUGAAAACUUGACAAAAAUAGACUGUGUAAUAAUAGAUGAGUGUUCAAUGAUUAGCAGGAAGACUUUGGAUACCAUAUACAAUGUGUGUAAAAUAAAAAAAUCCCAAUUUACCAUUUGGUGGCAUUCAAAUUGUUUUAUGUGGUGAUUUUUAUCAACUUCCACCAGUGGUAAAUCUUAAAUACAAUGACACUGGUGAAUACUGUUUCCAUUGCAAUUUCUUUGAUGAUGUGUUCAGGCACAGGAUAGUUCUUGAUCAGAAUAUGCGAACAAAAUCAGGCGAGAUAUUUCUAACUUCUACAGUUCAGAGUGUGUUUGAAGGAAAUUGUAGUGACGAAGUAAAUGCAUUUUUGAACUCGUUAUCAAGGCCUCUGUCUUCAAGAAGAUCAGCACGAAGCACAAAGCUUUUCGCCACCAAUGCAUUAGUCGAUGACUAUAACCGAACUGCGAUGAUGAAACAUCCAGGUGAUUUAUUUGAGUUUUUUGCAAAAGAUCAGGGACAUGCAAAAGACUUGGAGAGAAUAGGUGCACCCAAAAUGCUGUGGAUAUAAAACGGAUGUCCUGUUCAGUUAAUUCACACAUUGAGUGAAAAACUUGUAAAUGGUGUAACAGGCAUAGUGCAAGCAUUAACUGCUGAAAAGGUUGUGGUAGAGUUUCCCUCUGUAAACACCACCAGAGAAAUUCUUAAAAUUUCAUUCACAGUGUUCAAUCCAAAGGAUAAUAGAGUUACUGCCGAACGAGAGCAAUUCCCUUUAAAACCUGCAUUUGCUCUGACAAUUCACAAGUCACAGGGAAUGACAUUGGAGAAUGUUGAAAUCGACUGUCGCUCCAUAUUUCAACCUGGGCAGUUAGGCGUGGCAAUUUCUAGAGUGAGAAGUGUAGAAGGCUUGCGUGUUGUCAACUUCCAUCCGCGUUACUUGCUGAAGCCUACAAAAGAAGUAACAGACAUCAUGAAUGGUGCAGGGUUCGAACCACAAGAAGACCUGUCAUGCUGUAGGAAGACGAAAACAUUGAGUAUGGCGUGUGGUGAGCAACAUACACCAAUGGAUGCAUAUCAUCAACCACCAAAUGUACCAACUUCUACUGAAAGGAAUACUGACAAUGAACACAAAAAAACAACAAUUACCAGUUAUACCGCCCCGGAUGAUGAUGAAGAUGAAGAUGAUCAGCUUGAUGAUGAUUUCAAUGAAAUUAUUAGUGCGUUAAUAAAAAGUGAAGCACAAGCACAGACAUAUGAACUAAAUGACUUUAACAUUCAGGAUUUUAAAGAAAAUUUAAAAUUUAAACAUCCAGUAACCAACACACAAGUGCAAAUUAAUGGUAUUGUUGACAGAAUUGAUGAAUCAAAUUUGAUAAAAUUUGUAAAGAAAAUUUAUUUAAAACUGAAUGAUAUUGAAAUGGAUUUUACAGUGUCUGAUGACAAGAAGUCCAUACCAGAGAAAUGUUUGGUGCAAUUUUACAAACAGUUGCACAUUUUUUUAACAGGAACAUCAUAUAAAAUGGACUGUUUAAUGCUAUUUAACACUGAAAAAACAUUUGCAAACCAACACAUGGCAGUUUGCCAUGAAAUAGUUGAAAAAAUACGUAUUUUAUUUCUUGAAAAAAAGGUAGAUAUGUUGUGUCUUUCAAACAACCGAAUGCUUAAGAGAAUUGUUACGGAUACAGACAAAGCACGAGUCCGUUAUGUUGCAGGCUAUUGUGUAUCAAAAUUAAAACAUAAGUAUGUAAAGUCACUCAAGACACACCAGUUUAAAACCUCACAAUCAUCCAAUUCAAUUUACCACAACUCAAAAAUUGCUUUACAAUUAUUAGAUGUUUUAAAAGAAAAUGAUUUGUAUAUUAAAGAAGUAACAAGCCAUCCAGAUUCUUUGCUGGACAUUGAAAGAAAACAAAAUAAUGCUGGUGGUCUUACAAAUGUGACUGAUGAAGUUUUUACAUUUUUCUUUGAUUUAACUGGUGCAUGUAUUUCAACUGUAACAAAUGAAAAUUUAAUGAAUUAUGGGAAAAAUAUGCAUGAAGAAUGUUACAACAUAGUUCGUAAUGAUAACAAUAUGUUUGAAAAUUUGUUAGCAUUGUUUCCAAAAAAUUAAAUGAAAAAAACAUGCAAACAAUUGGUCCUGAAGAAGAUUUUUCUGUUAAUGAAUCAAUAUCAACUUUGCUUUGUUUGACAACCAAUAUUUUUGACAUUUACAAUCAUUUAGUAAAAAAGUAUUUGAUGGUGUUGUUGGGACAGUUUAGAAGAGAUGUAAAAUCACAUUACAAGCUUGAAAAAACAAUGGCCCAUAGAAAACAAAUCAAAGUGAAACUGGACUCAAAAAUAAAAAAAAUUAAUAAAAAUAAAAAAAUGCAAAUUGAUUGUAAUAACAAUGAAAUUUCUAAAAAAAAAAAGAAACAGAUUUAAAUCUGGUUGUGCAGUGUGAGCCUCAGCCUGGACCUUCAACUGAGGUUACUAUGGACGUUGGUCAUGAAAUUGAUUCGGAAAUUGCUGACAAUGAUCUAUGUCAAAAAUGUUUUAAAAAUAAAGAUGAUCAGUGGAUUUAAUGCGACUCUUGUAAUAAAUGGUUUCACAGAAAAUGCUCUGGAAUAAGAACUGCAAAAUUGUGGUCUAAAUUCUCAAAACUAAAUGCUUCAUGGUUGUGUAUAGAGUGCAAAUGAAUGUGUAUUUUUGUAAUUGUGAAAUUCUCUCUUUACAAAGCAUGUAUAUGUAUAUGUAUAUAUAUAUAUUAUCCCAAAUGUAUAUAUAUUUAAGAGUUAAAUAUCUACCUUCAUUUUACAGAAACCGACCAAAUAUUAUUUUUUUUAUAGAAUUGAUGUCUUCCGAUAAUGAAUCUGUAUUAAGAAAACUGAGUGCUUUUGUCCAUGUAGCAUUUUUAGUUAGAUCUGCGAAGAUGUAUGUGCCCUUUUGAUGUAUUUUUGCCCAAAAACUAGAUGAAAUAUGUAAAUUGCUGCUGUUCCUGUGUUUGUAUGUGAAUGUAUAAUGAGUGUUCUUGUUUACGCCUCAUUAGUUUUGUUUGUCGAGUCAAUGUUUGUUACCAAUUACGCAUUAUGUACUGAUUAGUAUGAGAACUCCUCUUAAAUUAAACGUAUUUCAUGUUUGUCAUCUAUCUAUGUAUGCUGCCGACUAUGUGCCUUGGCUGUAUACUCAGUAUUCUGCGUGAGUUCAUGUUUUACUCUCUUUAGGUUUUGUUAUGUAGAGUACUUGAACGAUAACAUUAAUGCAAUAUGUAUUGAUAAGUAUGAGUAAUCCUCUUAAACAUUUUUAUUACGGUCAAUAUGUAUUUCUUGCUGUAAAAUACUUAUUGACACUACUUAUGUAACUAUUAUAAUUUCAUGUGCUUGAAUUAAUUGUGUACAUGUGUUUAUUACUGUAAAUAUUAUAUUGUUUAUACUAAAAUUUGUCCACAUGGGCCAAUGGCCUUCUGGAAAUGAUGUAAAUAAAAUCUAAAAUCUAAAUCUAAAUAUUUAUAUAUAUAGCACAACACUUUGUGAUACAUGAUGCAUGUAUGAAGGAAAUUAUAUUGUGCAUUCAAAUAUCCAAUUAUGUGUGAUUGUAGUCAAAUUACCAAAUUGUGAUAUAUUUUAUUAAAAAUUUGAUUAUUUAUUUAUGUAAU